GAGAAAUGUAUGAUUAUUGUCCCCACUGUGUAUCACCUCAUGUUGACAGUGCCAACAUUGGGUUUGUUUGCGGUUGUCAAAUCCAACGUGCCGACUAGCAUCACAGUUGCAUGGAAAUUUGCGAUUAGAAUUUGAAAAGUUCUUUUAAUCUUAGCCAGCUCACGUUUCAGCUAAUAUGCAUCAAACGUCAGUGUCGGAGCUGGCUUACUGAUGCAUUUAUCAGAAGAGACUGUGAUCAUUUGGUCCAUUCAAGCCAUGCACCUAACCUUAUUAACAAUGCACGGUCACAUUUUGGUCAUCCAUACCGCUUUCCCCCUAUUUCGAAUUAAGCCCAUGCGUGCGGCUAGCUUCGUAAAAGCUAAUCAGCGUUAGCUCACAUUUGACAUGCUGGACGUUAGUCGAUGCCAACUUGCGCGGAGGGUGCUAGCCGUCGAAAGUUACCUACUCGUCCGACGCAAGCGAGUAGUGAAAUGCCAAGUGAUGCAUGCAAUUCGAGAACAUUUUUAACCUGACAUGGCAACUACAUUCUGUCCAAACACGCUUACCCAGUGCUGGGCCUAAAUAUUCUGUUAUUCGCUGCCAGUUGGCAUGCAUUUAGGUUUAUCAAAGGUUGUUGGCUGAACCAAGAUGCUUGGCUAUGCCGCUAGCUGGAGCAUCUUUAGCAGGACAACUCGACUAUCUUGCUUUGUAAACAAUGUCAGUGCCACUGGUUCUGGUGGUGCUUUUAAAAACGUGUGGUUGGACUUUGGCCCAUGUUGGGGCCUGCACCUUUCUUUUUAUUCUGAUUUACGGCGAGUGUUUCAACUAGGUGUUAUAGCUGCUCAGCUGGUUGGGUGUGAUGUUAGCAUACAAGCAAGCUAGUGGUCGGCCCUACAGAGCAGUAGCCUGCAAGGAACUGUCAGGCAAGCAGCUGACCUCAAAUCACCGCAGAAAUAUUUCCGUCUUCGUGUGGUCUUAGCUGCUAUUGACCGUGCGUUUGUACCUUAAAUUAAUAACUAAGCGACGGUCAGUCACCGAUCUCUUUCUUCGGAGGGGUCCUUCGAAUUUGGAGGAGGGGGUUAUCAGCCUAUGUCGCGAGCUAGCCCGCGCCUGACGCGCGCAUGUGCGUGCGGGUUCUGCAGGGGAAAGUCAAGCGAGGGCAACAACCUUGACGUUGUCGGGCUGCUUAAUUUCGUGUCCUUGGAUGAUGACAUUUGUGUAGAGGCCGAAAUGGCUCCAAGGGAGUACCAACUGCAACUCCUUUCAAUGGUGUUUAUGCAAACAUGAGAAUGGUUCAUAUCCUGACGUCGGUAGUGGGAACCAAGUGUGAGCUGACAGUCAGAAAUGGCAUCAACUAUGAGGGGAUCUUCAAAACAUACGGCCCAGAGUGCGAUCUGGUGCUAGACGCGGCCCACAGGUCUCCACGGAGCCCGGAGCCUGCCACAGGCCCUCGGCGCGAGGACAUUGUGGAGAGCAUCAUCUUCAAGUCCUCUGACGUGGUGGUGGUGCAGUUCAAAGACGUCGACCUCAACUUUGCCAAGAAAGUUCCUACAGAAGCAGACAACUUCACAGACACGGCGGUGAGCGGCACCCGUGUGAACGGCGAGCACAAGGAGAAGGACCUGGAGCCCUGGGACGGAGGGGCAGGGGAACAGGCCAACGCCGCCGGCAGCCUAGAGUCCCUAGACACAGACUUGUCUAAUGGCUGGGACCCAGACGACAUGUUCAAGUACAACGAGGAGACGUAUGGUGUCAAGUCCACUUAUGACAGCAGCCUAUCUUCAUACACAGUGCCUCUGGAGCGCGACAGCUCUGAGGAGUUCCUGAAGCGCGAGCAGCGCGCUGCACAGCUGGCGGACGAGAUCGAGUCCAGCUCCACCUACAAGGCCCGCGUGGCGCUGGAGAAUGACGAGCGCACCGAGGAGGACAAGUUCACCGCGGUGGUGCGCGGAGGAGGAGGAGCAGGAGGUGGAGGAGGAGGUGGAGGAGGAGGAGGGGAGCGCGAGGGACACACGCUCAACAGAGAGAACAAGUACAUUCCCCCCGGCCAGAGGAACAUGUCAUGGGGCUCGGGACGCCAGAACUCCCCCCGGCUGGCCCAGUGCAGCCCGGGUCCUCACACCCCACGCUCCGCACCUCACGACUACAGCUCCCCUCCGGGCAUGGACCAGCGCGUCGUCAACGGAGGUAGCCACCCCUGGUCCACCCGAUGCCCGUCUCCCUCCUCCUCCUCAUCCUCCUCUCGCCCGCCCUCUCGCUACCAGUCCGGCCCUGGCGGUGGGGGCGCUGGUGGCCCCGGCCCUGGCCCUGGCCCUGGCCCUGGCCCUUCCUCCAUGCCCUCCGCUGCCAGCUCCUUCACCACCACCUCUUCUUCCUCAUCUUCAUCCUCCUCCCUGCCCCCCAGGGCUGCCACCCCCACCCGACCUCCCUCCAGACCCCCCUCCAGGCCGUCGCGGCCACCGUCUCACCCCUCGCCCGCCCCCAUCGCCACCCUGCCCAAACGCAUGGCCUCCGAAGGUCCCCCGAGGAUGUCCCCCAAGUCCCAGCGAACCCCGCGGACGCACCGUGUCCCCUCCUCCCGCAGCGGAGACUUCCUGUCCCACAAUGCACCCGGGGAGGCCGCCACGCCCCCGCCUCCCGCUCGCAGCAGCCCCUCUGGGGGCACCUGGUCUUCCGUUGUCAGUGGAGCGCACAGACCUCGAUCUCCUCGGCAGAGUAACCUGGGCGGAGCGUCUCCUGGCCCCGCCUCCGUGGUCUCCUCUCCACAGACGGGCACUGCCCCCGUUGACUCAGUAGCCAAUCCCAUGUCGGCUGGCUCCCCCAUCGCCGCCAGCCCCGCAUCCAAUACGGCAGCCACGCCUUCAGCCGAGGCUAAAGAGCCGCGGGUACAGGAAGCUCGCCAGAACUCUCCCACCGCCAACAAGGAGAACGUCAAGCCCAUCGAGUCAACUACCGGCGCCACUAGAACACUCAGCAAAGGUCCUCCCAGUAUGGCUCCAGACCACAGAAAGCAAAAUAUAGACAAUCUAAAGAAAUUUAGUGUAGAUUUCAGGUUGCAGUCCAGCUCCAACCCAGACCCAGUCUUCGAUCCCAAGGCCGGGGAGAAGCCUAAGGACCUUCCCCUGGACGGCAGCAGUGGCAAGGGCCCGGCAGAUGCAGCCAAAGCAGACCCCUCCACAAACCCCGGCAGCCGAGACGACACCUCCUCCUCCGCAUCCGCCACGACCCCCGUCACCAUGGCUGCGACCCCUAACAAGCCGGUCGCCCCGUCUCCCUCCCCUUCCCCCUCGGAGCAGAAGAGGAGCCCGGACAUGACCUCACAGGGGGUGCAGACCUCCACGCCAGGAGGGGGGGCCGGAGGGCCCAAAGCAGAUGACAAGGACGAGAAGAAGGACCCCGUACUCGAAAAUGUAAGGAAGUCCACACUCAACCCCAACGCUAAGGAGUUUAAUCCUCGGGCUUUCAGCACACCGCCUAAGCCGGCGACGCCCACUCUGCCGCCACGUCCGCAGGGCCAGCCCAGCCCCUCCAUCGUGGUGCAGCAGCCCCCGGCUGUCUACGGCCAGCCCGUCUGCUUCCCACAGAUGUACCCACUCACGCCCGUCAGCCCUGGAGUACAGCCUCCGGCCAUGUACCAUGUUCAGAUGCCUCAUAUGACGGUGAGCCAGAACAAGCCCUACAGACCAGGUAAAGUGCCCAACAUGCCGCAGCAGAGGCCCGAGCAGCACCACCAGCAAGGGUCCUCCGCCAUGAUGCAUGCGGCCACGGCAGCUGGCCCGCCCAUCGUAGCGCCCAGCCCCGCCUACUCCACCCAGUACUUCACCUGUAGCCCCCAGCAGUUCGCCAGCCAGCAACUGGUGCAGCAGAUGCCACACUACCAGUCACAGGCUCAGCAUGUGUUCAGUCCAGUGAUGCAGGGUAAUCCGAGGAUGAUGACGCCUCCACAGCCUGGCCAGCCCACACUGGUCUCCUCCUCAGCCAACCAGUACGGAGAGCAGACCCACACUAUGUAUGGUACGAGACGCACACACACUCACACACACGAGCAGACCCACACUAUGUAUGUGUCCAUGGCCCCGCAGCAGUACGCGCACCCCAACGCCACGUUGCACCCCCACCCGCAGCCCUCCGCCACCCCCACGGGGCAGGGCCAACAGGUCCCAGGGGGCCACCAAGGGGGCAACCACCCGGCACCCAGCCCCGUGCAGCACCCACAGCACCCCCAGGGACCCCCGCAGGCUGCCCUGCACCUGGGCAACCAGCCUCAGCAGCAGCAGAUGUACUCAGCCCUGGCGCCCACCCCGCCCUCCAUGACCCCCGGGCCCAACCCCCAGUCCCCCCAGGCCAGCUUCCCCUCCGCCCCCCAGGCACAGGCUGUCUACCUCCACCCCCAACAGAUGCAGCAUGGAUACAACCCCUCCCACAUGGCACACAUGCAGCAGGCCCACAUGCAGUCUGGUAUGGUGGCGUCGCACCAUGCCACCUCUUCCCACCCCCCCAUGAUGCUGAUGGCCACGCAGCCCCCCGGGGGGCCUCAGCCCCAGAUGCCCCAGAGUGCCCUCAACCCCAUACCCGUCUCCUCCACCACACACUUCUCCUACAUGGCACACGCCCCAGUGCAACCCCACCAUCAGCAGCAGCUAUAGUGGAGAACUAUUGGCCGGGUGUACCCCAUCUACUCCACAAGCCAAUCUACUCGCCCCCUCCCAAACCAGGAGCCAGUCCAUUUGCCUCUUCCCCACCCUGAAGCCAAUCCACCUACCCCCUCCCCACCCAGGAACCGACCUACUUGCCCCCUCCCCAGCCCCCACCCAGCCCAACCACCAGAGCUCUUCCUGGCCCAGUCCUCUUGAUUCUCAAAAAAACGAAAAGAAAGAAAUAAAGAAAGAAAGAAAGCCCUUCCGGUCCCUGAACCAGGGUCCCAGUCAAUCCACAUCAUGUUGCCCCAUCCCCACCCCCACCCCUCCCGUCCUUCUACCCCUCCACAGUAAUCAAAGAGUACUAACAGGUUUUAAAAAAAGAGGUGUUGAACAGAGUUUUUAACAAAAAGAGUAAAAAAAAUAUGUUUUAAAUAAGAAUGGACCCUUCCAAGAUGAUUCAGAGAGAGAGGGUGCAAUGCACCGAUACAGUUGGCAGGGGGCGCUGACUGCAAACCUGAAUCAGCAUGCCGAGAGCGAAGACAGAGAGAUAAAUAAAUAAAUAAAAUAAAAACUGGAACUUGCGUUUCCAUCUGCACCUUGAAAAACUUACAACUCUUCCAAUCUAUACACAGUAUUAACAUUACUGUUAACUGCUGCUGCUGCUAUCGCUGCGUUCAAGACUUGGGGUUUAAACUACCAACGACAAUAAAGAAAUACCUGACUAAAACAAACAAUGAAUACAUGUUGUAACUUAACAAAAAAGAAGCUUCCUGUAACACCAGAAACAGAUUUGGCAGAAAUGGAGGGAUUAUUUAAAGAAUUUGAGAUGGAAAGCCCCGAUUCACUUGACCGUUGCAUAACUGUUAAGUUUAAAAGCAAAAAGAAAACUUUUACUUUGUAGAUAAUAUAAAUGAAUAAAAAAUUAAGAAAAAAAUACAAAAAACAUUAAAAAAAGAUUUAAAAACUGAAUUUCUGUGUG